UUUCUUUCUGACUUGCAUUUAACUGGAUUUAGUAAUUAAAGGUCGUAUUAACCUUGUGUUUUCUUCUUAAAGAUUUUAAUUCUAGAAGGAAUACUAGAUUUUGAAUUUAGCUUUUUAUGUGGAAGUGAUAUAACACCCACAUGGCUUAUUCCAAUUCAUUGUUCAUUCUAAGUACCCAUACAUACACUAUGCUGUCUCUGUGGAUGACCUGUAUGUGUUUUAAGUAAGGCUUAAGGUCUGUGUAUACACUCAGUCCCACUCCUUUUUGUCAAGAACUUUGUUCCUACAAUUAUCACCACUCUCUGUAGCAUCAUCUUUCACCUUAAGUAGUCUCCUAAUUGAUCUCCUGGCCUCUCUUCUUACCCCACCCCCGUUUGGUUUGUACACAGCCACUAGAACGAUCUUUAAAAUACAUAUAUCAAAUCAUGUCAGUCCUUACUCAAAACACUUUAAAGGUUUUCUGUGACACUUAGAACAGAUUCCCACAAGGCCCCUCCAUGAUCUGUCCUCUGGCUUCCUCUGUUUCUUGAACUUUCCAUGCUCCUGCGUCCAGGCUUUUCUUUUUGCUGUUUCUACCACGCAGAGUACUUUCUCCCCCAGGAUCUUUUCAAAUACCCUAAUCAUAACUUAACUCUUAUACUAUGUAUAUAUUUUGUUUAUUGUCUUACAUGAACAGGGACUGCCUCUGUUUUGUUCACCACUGCAUACCCAGUGCCUGGAAUAGUAUUACCUGGGAUUUCAGAGAGAGAGUGUGUGUGUAUGUGUGUAUACACAUACAUACAUAUAUAUACACGUUUAUGUAAUGAACGAAUUGUAUAAGCUGAGAUACUAGCUGGGUGUAUUAGUUAUGUAUUGCUGCAUAACAGAUUACCACAAACUUAGCAGCUUAAUACAACACACGUUUAUUAUCUCAUAGUUUCUGUGGGUCAGGAGUCUAGGCAGGCUUACCUGGGCCUUUUGCAAGGCUGUAAUCAAAGUGCUGGUCAGGGCUGGACUCUCAUCUGAGGCUUGACUGGGGAAGGAUCUUGUUUCAAGCUCAUGUCAUUGUUGGCAGAAUUCAGUUCCUUGCGGGCCAUUGAAAUCUUUUGCUGGUUGUUGGUUGGAGGCUGCCUUCAAUUGUUUGCCACAUGGCCCUCUUCAGAGGUAGCUUGCAUUCAUUCAAAGUAGUUUGCUUCUUCAAAGCCAGUAAGAGAGUCUCCUCAUAAUAAGGAUGUUAUAGUCUUAUGGAAUGUAAUCAUGUACAUCUUGUCACCUUUAUUGUAUUGGUUAGAAGCAAGUUACCGGUCUUACCCUCAAGGGUGAGGGGAUUAUGUGUCCACACUUAAGGGGGCGGGGAUCAUUCAAGGGCAUGAACACCAGGAGGUGGCAUCAUGGAGACCAUCUUAGAGUCUAUUUGGAACAUUGGGGUUCAGUUGGAGAUAAGGCCAAAAAUGAACCAAACCAAACCUGUUGCUGUUGAGUUGAUUCUGACUCAUAGAGACUCUAUUGGACAGAAUAGAACUGCCUCAUAGGGUUUCCAAGGAGCUGCUGGCAGAUUUGAACUGCUGACCUUUUGGUUAGCAGCCUCAGCUCUUAACUACUCUGCCACUAGGGGACUGUGAAAAUAAUGUUGAAUGUGAAUAUUACCAAAAACAGUAGCAAUGAUGAUGGUUGGACUCUCAGGGAAAGUUCAGUUUAAGAGUUUAAAAAUGACCAGUUGGUAUCUGAGGUAACUGUCAGUUUCUUAUUGAGUCCAAGGAGAGUUUUAUCCUAAAGGCACUGGUGAGGAAAGGAACAUGUGAGAAUUUAAUAGAGAAGUAGUCUGAAAAACUGCCAAGCUUGAUACAUGCUGGAAAGAAAGUCUUAAGAAUAUAGCAUUUUCCCUAGAGCCAAGGUAUAGCUGGUAAUCACUCGGUAGAAAUGUCGUAUUUUUUCUAAUUUCUUUUCCUCAGCUAUGACUCAUUCUACAGAAAAGACUGGGGAAUAGCUCUGAUACUUUUAAAUGACUCUGGAAAUCAGACCCAAAAUUUCCUGAAAGAAAUGUAUUUUUUAGUGAUUUUCUGUCCUUUAUUUCCUACAUCUAGUUGGUUAUCAGGACCUUGGUAGUUUUAUUUUGAGACUAAUGACAUGACUAUAUGUUGUACUUCCACUACCACCAUCAUAAAUUAUUCCUUAAAUGGAUUAUUAUUGCUUUAAGAUAAAGUGUUGCUACAAGCUCAUAACUGGAUUUUUUCCAGCACCUGUAGGUUGGUGUCUGUUACUAAUUUUGGAAAACUCUCAGCCAUUGUUACUUCAAAUAUUUCUUCUGUUCUUUCUCUCUUUCUUCUCCUUCUGAUAUUCCUGUUAUGCAUAUGUUACACCUUUUGUAAUUGUUCCAUCCCCUAAAAAAGAAACCUGUUGCCAUCAAGUCGACUCUGACUCAUAGCCACCCUAUAGGACAGUGUAGACCUGCCCCGUAGUUUCCAAGGCUGCAGUCUUUACUGAAGCAGACUGCCACAUCUUUUUCCUGCGGAGCGGCUGGUGGGUUCAAACUGCUGACUUUUCGGUUAGCAGCUGAGCAUUUAACUACACCACCAAACCAAAAAAAUUAAAAAAACCAAGCCCAUUGCCAUGAGUCAAUUCUGACUCAUAGCGACCCUACAGAACAGAGUAGAACUGCCCCACAGGGUUUCCAAGGAGCGGCUGGUGGAUUCAAACUGCUGACCUUUUGGUUAGCAGCCAAGCUUUUAACCACUGUGCCACCAGGGCUCCUUAAUUGUGCCAUAGCUUUGAAUAUUUUGUGAUUCUCUGUAUUUGCCUGUGUGCCGUCUAGUUUUGGGGGCAGCAGUUUGCCCUGUGACCUCAGUUCUCCAAUGGAUCUAAGAAUAAUUGUUGAUUUUUCAGUUCAGUUUUUCUCUUGUGACAAUAGGAGUGACGAUUUCCAAACUCUUUACAUGUUGGACUGGAAACUGGAAGUCUCAGACCAGAAACUGGAUUCUUUGCGUGUAGUUUACCUAGUAUCUAAAACUGCCACAUGAGUCUUCUGAAAGCUUGCUUUUAUUAAUGUUUACAGACUUAGUUGUUUCCCAUUCAUCCAACAGACAGUAAAUACCCUGUAGUAGGCCAAGCUUUGGAGAUACAGAGUCACCUUGAAGAUCUCCUGGUUGGCUGUGGAGAGGCAGACAAGCAAAUGGACGAUUCUGAAUGAGGUGUGAGUGCUGUGAUAGAAGUGUGCACAGUAUGCUUGAUAGCAGAGAAGACAGGUAGUCCGUAAUCCUUUGGCUGAUCAGCAUCUGUAUGAUCUGCCACCAUCCUCUAAUCUGUUUAGUUCAUGCAUUCUCAGUGGGGAUGAUAUUGUCCCCAGGGGAAUGAAAAUUGGUUCUUGAGGGGUAAAAACCUUAUUUUAUGUAUAAAGCACAGAUAUACAUAUAGUACAUAAACAGAUACGGUAUAACUGUCGUAUUAAAAUUUCAUGGGUGCGGAAAUGAGGAAAAAAUAUCUAAAUAGGCUCUUUAGAGAGGGUGUUAAUGAGAAAAUGACUGAGAAACACUAAUUUUGUUCAAUACUAGAAUAAACCUCUUACCUAAUCAGGCAUGAGCCCCUGUUGCCACAUGAUAGUUUUUCCUUCCUUAAUUUAUUUACAUUCUUCCUUGGGUCUGGAAUUUAUUCUUAUCCAGUACUGAAUUUCUACACAACUUCAUGAUCUGUCUUACCUCCAGUAUUAGUGCCUCGUCAUAAUGAAUUCAAUCCACAACAUAGCCUUCUGGUUCAGUUUAGGAACCUGAGCCACAAUGAACCGCACAUGCCACAAAAUGCCACGUUUCCAGAUUCUUUCCACCAGCCCAACAACACUCCUUUUCCCUUGUCACCAAACAGCCCUUAUCCCCCUUCCCCCGCUAGCAGCACAUAUCCCAAUUCUCCUGCAAGUUCUGGACCAGGAAGUCCAUUUCAGCUUCCAGCUGAUACCCCUCCUCCCGCCUAUAUGCCACCCGAUGAUCAGAUGGGUCAGGAUAAUUCUCAGCCUAUGGAUACAGGCAGUAAUAUGAUCCCUCAGAUUAUGCCCAGUAUAUCCAGCAGAGAUGUUCAGCCUGUUGCCUACGAAGAGCCCAAACAUUGGUGUUCAAUUGUGUACUAUGAGUUAAACAACCGUGUUGGGGAAGCCUUUCAUGCAUCUUCUACUAGUGUGUUAGUAGAUGGAUUCACAGAUCCUUCAAAUAACAAAAGUAGAUUCUGCUUGGGGUUGUUGUCAAAUGUUAAUCGUAAUUCAACAAUUGAAAACACUAGGCGACAUAUUGGAAAAGGUGUUCAUCUGUACUAUGUUGGCGGGGAGGUAUAUGCGGAGUGCCUCAGUGACAGCAGCAUAUUUGUACAGAGUAGGAACUGCAACUUUCAUCAUGGCUUUCAUCCUACUACUGUCUGUAAGAUUCCCAGCAGCUGCAGCCUCAAAAUUUUUAACAAUCAGGAAUUUGCUCAGCUUCUGGCUCAGUCUGUCAACCAUGGGUUUGAGGCAGUGUAUGAGCUCACCAAAAUGUGCACCAUUCGAAUGAGUUUUGUCAAGGGCUGGGGAGCAGAAUAUCACCGACAGGAUGUUACCAGCACCCCGUGUUGGAUUGAAAUUCAUCUUCAUGGGCCUCUUCAGUGGCUGGAUAAAGUCCUCACUCAGAUGGGCUCCCCUCUGAACCCCAUAUCUUCUGUUUCAUAGUGCAGAAGUAUUCUUUUCAAUUGUAUUAUUAGUGGACUUCUUUAAUUUUAGAGAAACGUUCAGUACAGAUACUGUGACCUUACAUGGAAAACAGAUAUUACAACAUAUUUUUUUCCUACAUAAUUGUGACCAAUACAUUUGUAUUUUGUGAUGAAUCUACAUUUGUUUGUAUUCAUAUUCGUGUGAUUAACUUUCAAAAGUGUUGUAAAAGAUGCAGAGUAAGUAUUAUGCCCCAGUUCAGACGUUUGGCAUUGAUCUUAAACUGGAAUAUGCUUUUUUGCCUUAUUGUCCCAUCAGGGUUUUUUUUUUUGUUUUGCUUUGUUUUGUUUUUGAAAAGGUAAUCCAUCACAUGAUGAAAAAUUAUAAUAGUAUAAAAAGGUAUGCAGUGAAAAGUAAGUCUUCCCUCCUACUCUUGAUCCUCCAGAAACUGUAAUUUUAUUAGUUUUUUGUCCCACCGACUUUAGAAAAGUAUAGUUCAUUGUUUUGCAAAGCAUAUGGUAGGGGCUUAAAGGAAACUAUUAAAUAUUUUAUUUGAAGGAACACUGCACUACUCUAGUAAGUAGUGUUCAGAAAAAGCAAAAUGAAACUUUUCUAAAUGACAUCAUGAAAUUAACAUUUAAUACAUCUAAAUGUUUGUCAGUGUAAUGUGACUUCACUCAGUAUAUCUUUUAUAAAACAUUUCCUUUUUUUAAAAAAAUUAUUACAAAAAACUGAUCGCUAGUAUAUGUCAUUUACGCAAAUUCUGUCAUAAAUACUACUUUCUAGCUAGUGACAGCGCAUGCACGGCCUUGUUCAGCUAUGUUUGCUGCUUUUGGCCAAUGUUGCAGGAACUCUAAUUUUGAUAUGCAUUAGGCUCUUAUUUUGCACUUUUAUGGGUUACAGUUUUUAGCAUAACCUUUGGUGAAACACACUCAAGUGACUUAGACUUAGAUGCUUGUCCUUACGUCCUUGGUACCCCUUUUGUAUUAACAAACACUGCAAUUUAUAGAUUACAGUUGUAGGAAGUUAGCUUUAGUCUAGCUUUAGUUUUAUUUUCAAUCUAGAUUAUAAGACUGUUAUUCUCUAGCUCCAAUUUAAGGUGCCUUUUUAAUUCCUCACAAUUUUAUGGAUGUUAUUAAUGUUGAGAAACGUGCUUAAUCCCAUUGCUCUUACUGUCAUCAGUCUCCCUUGGAAGGACUCAUGCACUGUAGCCAUGCGAGGCUCUCAGAGGCUGUUCACUUGGGCCUCAAGGAUGAGGCUACUGGUGUGAUACUUGAGUGAAUCAGCGGUGGUUGUUGGCCUAGCUGAUUUUAAAACAUUCAUGUAUCAAAGAAUGCAGGCAGUUCUCAGUUACCAUGCACACUGUCUUCCUCAGUUUUUUAGUACCAGCGUGGAUGCUAGUCUCCCAGAACACAAUCCUGAAAGACAUGACAGCUCUGAAAUGCCGAUUUCAUCAGUUGUGCUUAAAGGCUUUGGAUAAAGGACUCUUAACCACUUUUUCUGAGGAGCAGUCAGAUGGGUACGUAGUUAAGGCAUGAGCACGAAGACAUUAUUUCGAGAAAAUGAACUGAUUUCCUUAUCAGAAGAAGCUUUAUUUUUUGGUGCCUUUUGAAAGUAUAUGGAGCCCUGUCAGUCUUCUGUUUGGUUUGGUUUGACUGUAUACUUUGCCUUUUUAUGAGAAGAAAAGUGCAUUUUUGAGGAAAGGAGAACGCGAUGCCUUUUGUUUUCUGUGAUAUUAUUUAUUGCUUUUACAAAGUGCAGCCAAUGGAUGGUUAAUUCUUUUUGAUAAAGUGCCAUAUGUGUUUCAGUUCACAGUCCUUUGCUGGGGAAAAGGAAUAAUUUCUCCCAGUCACUGAGCCGUAAACAUAACUGUUAACAUGACGCUGCAUUCUCAGCCUUUCAGAGUUGUGUUGGCCACAUGAAAGAAGAUUGUUUGCUUAGUGAUAGAACAGCUGUUUUCAUUGUUUUACUCACCAGGCUUCAUGGCAAACUCUUUGGAACAGGUAUUUAGAAAAAGUCACCCAAAUUGAAUGGCAGAUACAUGUAAUCAACUUCAGUGGGCUUCAACUGGUGGAAACAGUUGAAUUGCCUUUAUUGAUGUUUCCAAUUGAGUUAAUUAAAAAUCGUUUCUAUUUGGAGUCAAUAUUCAGGUCACUGUCUUUAGAGUAAGCAGGAUUUUCUGUGAUUGGCCUUUUGUUUUCUCUAAGGAAUUGUGUCUCAUGAAUGAGUAUUGAAGCUAUUACUAUUAAAUGUUUCGUGGAAAAGUAUAAGCCUGUUGCAGUUCCCAAAAAAGUUGUCAACUCCACACCCCUGGAUUUUGAAUAAAAACUUCUUUCAAUCCAGUUGCUUUUGUAAUCCCUUAGGAUCCCCAUAUAUCCAUGGAUGGGAAAUAAAAAGUGUCAGUGGGAUAAAAAGCUAAGUAAAAUGCCGCCCAGUGAAAAGAAAGCGCCUCUAAAGCCAUUUCAGAAAAGUUUUAAGUUUUUAUUUAAUCUCCAGAAUGGUUGUUAGUCAAAUUUAUGAAAACAUUGGCAUCGCUAAAAUAAUCACAUUGUAUAGCAUGUCCAACAUAUUAAUAUGUACCAACUGGAAAGACAGAAUUUGAGAAUAAUAAAAUUGUAGCCCAUUUGGUAAACAGAAAAAGGGAAAUAGAAUCAUAAUGUAUUUCAGUAAUGAAUUAAAGCAACAGAAAAGAUGUUGAUUGGAAAAAAGCAAGAUUGAAAGGUAGAUUUGACUAAAAUCUCUACAUAGUAAUACUGUUAUGGUCUAGUUUGUAUUGUCUGGCCAAAGUUCUGGAAUAUAAAGUAGAAGGUAUGUUACUGAUCUACUGAAGCUAAAAACACCUUUUCUCUUAGAGAAGAUAUAAGAAAGACAUCAAUCAGAAAUGCCACAUACAUGCAUCAGAACAUAAAUAAUUUUUUUCCAUUUCAUUGUUAUAUAAGAAAACUAUAAUAGAAUUGGCCAGGUUUUUGAAGUGAAAUCCAGAGUAAAUAACUAGGAUAGGCAUUCUAUAAGCCACACUUAAUAGUACAGAAAAAGGAUGUAGCUAUUUUAUACUUUUCCUAGCAUUUGAGAGUAACACAUCCUUUUAGGAUGUAAAAUAAUAAGUAUUCGACUCUGAAGUCUAUUGUCAAGAUAAGAACUGGGACUCACAUUAUAGUGAAACCUGUGAGAGCCCAGACUUGAUGGGACUGCCUUGUUUUCCUGGGUCACGCAAGUUUUCCACCUUUGACAAGGUACAGUCUGAUCACUUUUCUGUUGCUUUCUGUUGGUGGAAAAUAUUUGGAUUUUCUUUGUCUGACAGGUUUCACCUUACACAGGUUCUGGCUUUUGCAGGUUUUACUGUAAAACCCUAUGUAUUGCCUGAGGGUGCCUCCAGGAAACUGUUCUCUUGUAAUAGUGUUCUGUUGGAAGAGAAGGUUUACAGGAAAUAAAUAAGCAAAUAAACCCUGUCAAUAGCAGAGAAUACUAAAAUUCGAUAGUGCCUAUUAAUAAAUAAACCCUGUCAAUAGCAGAGAACCCUAAAAUUCAAUAGUGCCUAUGAAAGUGCUGUACUUCUGCAGUGGAGAACAUGUUCGUUUAGGGCUGUUUCUUUAUACUUUUUUUAAUAUUUUGCUUAAUAGGACUUUGAAUCAGUAUCCCUUUUUCAUUUGAAAUACAUAGUACAUCUCUUUUGUACUUCCUUAGGAAGGAAGAACCUUUUGAUUAUUGUAUUCAACCUCCAGUGAUGACUUCUGUUCUGGACCUACUCUUUCGAGGGUCAGAGCCCUUCUUUGCCCUGUUAAAGCCUCGCUUAAUUUCUCAGAUAGGAGUGUUUCUCUUCAUACUUAUCAGCUAAAUAAGGAUUUUGUUCUUAUGAUAGUAGAUAGCCUGGUGAUUUUUAAAAGUGUUUGGUGAUUUUUCCGGGAGGGAGUUUUCCUGAGUGUGGUGGUUUAUAGGUAAUCUCAGAUAUUAACUAAGGCAGUUUGGGGGGAAUAAUCUUAGGUUUGAUGCCUCCUUCCUCCAGAGCAGCAGCAUUUUCCUCACUGGUACAGGUGGGAUUCUUGGGAGUUUUGCUUCUCAAAAAGAAUGCAUGUAUGGAAAGUUAUAAUCAAGGCAUUUCUUCUGCAUAAACAAAGAAUUCUACCACCUGGACAGAAACUUUGGACAGUUCUUUGGAGUUUGCCGGAUUGCAGUGUAGCAGGUCCUUCUUACAGGAAGUGAUAGUAUUUAGCAAGCCUUUAUCAUACUGGAUUGUUCAUUACAGAGAGUUAUCUCCUAAAAUAUAACUUACCAUUAACAUGACACCCUGAAAUUGGAUGUUUUACCAAAACUAGUACAAGGGAUUUCACACAUCAGUUUUUUUUUUCCUCUAAUUUUAGUAGAGUACAUUUUUAAUAUUCACUGGUAACAAUUGAUGUAAAACUCGUGGUGAAUUGUUUUGUUGAAAAUAUCCAGUCCUAGAAGAGAAUUCGUGUAUCAUUCAUGACAGAGUGAAAAAAGGUUUGUGUGGUUCUUAUUCAAAUAAUUCAGCAUUUAAAAUUCUUAAAAUAAUUAUAAACCAUUGUUCUUUAAGGAUUUGUUUGAGCAUGGUGCCAUCUUAAUCUUAACACUAGCUGGUAUUAACUGACAGAACUCCAGUGAGGCCAAGUUCAUUGCAAAGGAAAAUGGUCUUUCAGAGUCAGAUUUUUCUUUCUAAUACCAUUGGAGAUGAUACUACUUUGAUUUAUUCAUAAAGUCUCUGAUUAAAUGACUUUUAACUGUAGGAACUCUUGAAGAUAAUCGUUGGGCAAGUGAUUUUCUUUUUAACAUGGUUGGUUUAAGUUGCAUUUUGAGAUUCACUUACUAAAAUUGGAUAUGAUUUGUAAUCAUGAAUACUGAAUGUUUGUAUGUGUGUGCCCAAGUUCUCCUAAAAAGGUUUUUCGUAUGCAGAUGGUCAAGACCAAACCACUGGCUGCACUGUGGGUCUGCUUCGUAUUUGUACUUGUUCUGCUUCUGUUUAUGUUGUAGAAAAUGAAAUUCUAACAACAUGCUUCAAUUCCGAUACCUUUUCGAUACCUAUAAAAAUAUAUUAGGUUUUACCAUAUUGUGCUUUUCAAAGCCAUAACUCUUAAAACACUUUGUUUUUGCAUAUUGUUUGCUAAUACUUUAUUUUAAUAAACCUCAAAACCUGCUUAACAUGUCUUUUUUUUUUUUUUUUUACUUCACGUGUUCCACUGAGUGGAGUUUAACCCUAUUGUCAGUUGCUGCGACCUGCUGUGUUACCUGUUUGUGCACGGGUGACAGAAAAAGAACGUGCCAUGGCUUUCCACUCAUAAUAAGUUUUGCUCAGAGUGAUCAGUCUUUUUUCAUUCUGCUUGCAAGGAAGUUGGUGUGGUUUUGUUUUAAAAAGUGAUUUGGGCCUAGAGGCUGGGUUUUUUUUUUUUUUUUUUUUUUUAAUUUUAACCAGCUGUUUCCCUUCUCUGAAUCUCAGUAGCUAUAACUGAGAGGAUUUGAUUGGAUGAUUGGGAGGCAGAAUAGGAGAGCUGGCUAUCUGUACUUGAGUGCUAGACUUCGGAGUCGCUUAACCAUUCAGCACCUCAGUUUUGUCAUCUGUAAAAGUCUACUUCAUAGGAGUUGGGGGAAGAUUAAAUAAUGCAAAUAAAGUGUGAAGAAUCGUGUGCGGUACAGAAAACAUACAUUUUUUGUUGUUAUCUGUUAAAUUUCUUCUAGUUCUUUGACUCAGAAUUAUUCCUGAUACUGCUUGACGUUGGUAGAUCAACGUUUAUCUUAAUUUUUCGAAUUAGUCUUGUUUUUCUUAUUUUCUCGUGUCUUUUUGUUUGUUUAAAUCUUAAAUCACAUACUGGCUGUAUCAUCCCCACCAUGGUGCAUACUUUCACCACCCUCUGUGUUGUAUAUACAAGAAAUACAGUCUUAUCUAAUUAGGAAGGGGUGGUGAAAAUUCAUGUGCCCCAGCUAGAAUAAGUAGAAAAACUCAAAGGAAAUAUUCUAAAAGAAUAAAUAUGAAAGCUCUUAUUCUCUUUAGGAAAAGACUUCCUCAAAAGGAUCCAAUUCUGCAAAUAAGUUCCUUCAGAUGCCUUUUUAUUUGAAGUCAGGCAUUUAGUAAGGUAUUUUGUAGCAGUUUUACUGGCUGUUUUAGAAGCGUAUCUUUAAGAACACAUAUGUGUCCUAGCAAAGGAUUUCAGUGAGGAGUGAGAGUUUUUCGCUUUUCUCCGACUUCCGAUAGUUUUCAAAUUGCUAUAGCUGAAAUAGUUUAGGUGGUGAGGGGAUCAGUCGUGAUAUCUGCUUCAGUUUACUUUCAGACAGAAUACUCAGUGGCUAAUGCUAUUCCAUAUUAUAGCAGCUUUGCUGCACUUUAUAUUUUACAGAUAUAAGAAGGCUGUCGGCAGGCUGAGGCAGUACUUUCAACAAAGUACUUAGGGCUCUGUAGUAUAUACAUGGAGUCCCUGAGUAGUGCAAAUGGUUAAGCGCUCAACUACUAACUGAGAGGGCGGUUUGAGCCCACCCAGAGCCACCUUGGAAGAAAGUGCUGGCAAUCUGCUUCCAAAAGGUCACAGCUUUUAAAAGUCUUUGGGGCACAGUUCUAUUCUGCAGCACAUGGGGUCGCCCUGAGUCAGAACCAACUCAGAGGCAACUGGUAACAUAUAUAUAUAUAGUUGAAAGGAAGCAUUAAAAAAUGUUUUUUUCUUUCCCAUUUAACAUUUUAAAUAUUACUGUGUGUUUUUGUUGAAUUUGUUGUAAGGCCGUCCUUAAUAAACUGACUUAUAAAAAAGAAAUUGUGUUCUUUCCUUUUAAAUCACUUCCCCCGACCCAAAAAAGGAGAGUGGGGCUAUGGAGAAAAUUUAAGGAUUUGUUGGCAG